AACGCCUGAGAUAGAACGAGGCUCAAAUCUUUUGGCAGAACUUGACAUGCACUGUUAGAACAGUCUACUUGGAUACCAAAUAUAAUUUUGGUUAAUUAAAAUAAAUAUUUGGUUUCAGUUUAUAGAUUUUUUGUGACUCGUGAGAGACGUUGUUUGGAGUAGCUCAAUGGGGGGAUUGAUGAGUGAUGGCUGCAGACCAUGUGUUAUUAUAUGUGCUAUAUUACUGUUGUCCUCCGUCAUGGGAUACAGACCAGUAAUUAUUGUUCACGGGAUAUUUGAUGGACCCAAACAGUUCGAGAUGUUGGCGAAAUAUAUCCAUCAGUCUCAUCCAGGUACCAAUGUGACCACAAUAGCCCUGUAUGACUACAUAGCCAGUAUGAAGCCACUGUGGCAACAGGUAGAGAGCUUCAGAGAGGCCAUCAGACCCAUCAUGAAGAGCGCUGAAGAUGGUGUCCAUCUCAUCUGCUUCUCACAAGGUGGUUUGAUAUGUCGAGGAGUUCUUGCUACCCUUCCUACACACAAUGUUCACUCUCUGAUAUUCCUGUCUUCACCAUUAGCUGGCCAGUAUGGAGAUUCGAGUUAUUUGAAAUACUUUUUCCCUAAAUUCAUCAAGUCAAGACUGUACUAUUUUUGUUACACUACACAUGGACAAAAAAUAUCUAUCUGCAACUACUGGAAUGAUCCACACCAAAGAGAGAAAUACUUAAAGAGCAGCAACUAUCUGGCUCCACUCAAUGGAGAGAUAAAGCAUGCCAAUUUAUCAGCGUGGCGAGACAGCUUCCUGCGCAUAGAGACACUGGUGCUGAUCGGCGGACCAGAUGACGGCGUUAUUACACCAUGGGAGUCAAGUAUUUUUGGGUUUUAUGACACUAAUGAAACGGUGGUUGAGAUGGAAAAGCAGGAUUGGUAUCUAAGAGAUGCUUUUGGCCUGAAAACAUUAAACUCAAAAGGAGCUGUGGUCAAGUGUGUCGUCCCUGGUGUUCACCAUACAUCCUGGCAUUCGAACCUCACAGUCUACCAGAAUUGCAUAGACAAGUGGCUCACCUAAUCUACAGAGACAGAAACAAACUGAUGGCCUCACAUGCAUGUGCACAAUCCUGAAUGUAAUCAUGUCUUGUGCAGAUUAGGAUUGUACUCUUGUUAAUCACCUGAGAUAUUUUUUUGCUUAUAACAGAAUGUGAUAAUUAAUUAUC